AUGGCGGAUCAAUCGAAACAGGAGAAACAAAAAUCACUUCCUCCUUUUAUAAAUUUCCUCAAUGCUGGACUGUCCGGUAUAUGUGCAACUUGCGUGGUGCAUCCAACUGACGUGGUUAAAAAUCGAAUGCAAAUUAGUACGGAGACGGUGUCAAUUAAAAAAACAUUUCUUCACAUUCUUCGUAAUGAGAGGAUAAUUAAUUUUUACGAUGGAUUGAGUGCAAGUUUGGUCAGACAAGCAACUUAUACAACAACUCGAUUGGGAGUUUACAAUCAGCUUCAGGACAGUUGGAGAGAAAGGUACACAGGCAAGCCAAAUUUUUUAACUUUAUGCGCAAUGGCUGCAAUUGCCGGAGGAUCUGGUGCAUUUAUUGGAACACCGGCUGAUCUUGCAUUAGUGAGAAUGACAACCGAUGGACGACUGCCUCCAGAUCAGAGGAGAAACUAUAGGAAUGUGGCUGAUGCAUUUAUAAGGGUGGCAAAAGAGGAAGGUGUAAUGAAUUUAUGGAGAGGAAGUGUCGCGACAAUGGGAAGAGCUGUUGUUGUUAAUGUUUCACAAUUAGCGACUUAUAGUCAAACAAAAGUUUUGAUUAAUUCAAAAAUGAACGUGCCAGAAGGUUUUUUACUGCACAUUUAUUCAGCAAUGAUUUCGGGUCUUGUGACAUCUUUUAAUUCAAUGCCAUUCGACAUUGCAAAAACAAGAAUCCAGAAUUUAAAGGACGUUAAAAAACCACCAACUAUUAUAAAAGUUAUGCUAAAUAUAGCAAAAACUGAAGGAAUUAUGGCUCUUUGGAAAGGAUUUGUGCCAACUUACUGUAGAAUUGGACCUCAUACAAUAAUUACUUUCGUCUGUAAUGAGCAAUUUGCUAAAUUUUACAAAACUUAUGUUUCUAAGUAA